CGCGCCUCCGCGCGGCGCGGGGGAGGCGGGGGAGCAGGCCAGGGGGCAGGCGCGUGCGGCGGCGCGUGCGCGCGGGCGGCGGAGCCGUCGGGAUGUCGCGUUACGGCCGCUAUGGAGGCGAGACCAAGGUGUACGUGGGGAACCUGGGCACGGGCGCCGGCAAAGGCGAGCUGGAGAGAGCCUUCAGCUAUUACGGACCGCUGAGAACCGUGUGGAUCGCCAGGAACCCGCCGGGGUUCGCCUUCGUGGAGUUCGAAGACCCCCGGGAUGCUGAAGAUGCUGUCCGUGGACUUGACGGGAAGGUAAUAUGCGGCUCCAGAGUCAGAGUGGAAGUAUCCACAGGGAUGCCGCGCCGCUCCCGCUACGACCGGCCCCCAGCCCGGCGCCCCUUCGACCCCAACGACAGAUGCUACGAGUGUGGUGAGAAAGGCCACUAUGCCUAUGACUGUCACCGCUAUAGCCGGCGAAGGAGGAGCAGGUCCCGGUCUAGAUCCCGCUCGAGGUCCCGAGGAAGAAGGUAUUCCCGGUCACGCAGCCGCAGCCGUGGUAGGAGGUCCCGGUCAGCUUCCUAUCGUAGGUCCAGGUCCGUGUCUCCUCGUAGGUCUAGGUCCGUGUCUCCCCGCCGGUCCCGCUCGGGUUCCUUGAAGAGAUCAAGGUCUAGAUCGAGAUCCAGAUCUAGAUCCAGAUCUGUUACAUGGCCGCGGAGCAGGUCUAGGUCUCGUGGCAGAUCGAAGUCUGGCUCACCAGCUAAGAGCCGGUCAAAGUCCCGGUCACCGUCUCCAAAGAGAAGCCGUUCACCAUCAGGAAGCCCUCAACGAAGUGCAAGUCCUGAAAGAAUGGAUUAAAGUUAUGAAGUUAAUCUUUUAGGAAGAAAGUUAUUUUGCUUACAUUAUUAUAAGGGAUUUUGUGGUGUCUUUGUAAAUGUAAGAAUGUAGAUAGAAGAGUAUAUCAACUAAAAUUUGGCAUGAUCUGGGUCUUCUGAGUUAGUCACACCAAUAGACUAGCACAGGUCUCUUUUUAUUGUAUGAAUUAACUUCCUGUGAUAUGAAAAUGUGGGACUUUUUUAUUGGCACAUUGAAAUAAAAUGUGUAUUUUUAACUAAAA